AUGUUCCCCGGCUCGAAUCGUAAUAGAUACCAGCAAUCGUACGGACCACCUCCACAAGGAUACUAUCCACCUCCAGGACCACCACCAGGACCACCACCAGGACCACCUCCACAUGGUUACUAUGGACCUCCAGCCGGACCCCCACCAGGGAAUUACCAACAGCGUCCAUCACCAAAUCAAGGCUAUCAAAGACCUUCUGCACCUCCUCCGCUGAACCAUAGCCAGGGUGGUGGUGGAUACCAAGCAACAUAUCAAAGGCCCAUGGGACCACCACCAUCGGUCCCACAAGCCUUUGGACAAACUGGUAUGACAUACCAAUAUUCUGCUUGUAAUGGACGUAAAAAGGCCGUUUUAGUUGGGAUCAAUUACAUUGGGAGUAAAAACGCCUUGAAUGGGUGUAUUAAUGACGUUAAAAACAUGAGUCGCUUCUUAAAUAAACGUUUUGGAUACUCGUAUGAUGAUAUGGUUAUUUUAACUGAUGACCAAAGAGAAAUGGGCCGUAUCCCUACCAAGCAGAAUAUUAUUCGUGCUAUGCAAUGGUUAGUGAGAGAUGCAAGACCAAACGAUUCUUUGGUAUUCCACUUCUCUGGUCAUGGUGGUCUUACUAAAGAUUUAGAUGGUGAUGAAGAAAGUGGAUUUGAUGAUGUUAUUUACCCCCUUGAUUUCCAACAAUACGGCCAUAUAGUCGACGAUGACAUGCAUGAUAUAAUGGUCAGACCAUUACCUCCAGGUUGUCGUUUGACUGCUUUAUAUGAUUCAUGUCAUUCUGGAACUGCUCUUGAUUUACCUUAUGUUUAUUCGACAAAAGGGGUUGUCAAAGAACCAAACUUAUUAAAAGAUGCCGGUAGUGGUGCUUUAAACGCUUUCAUGAGUUAUGAAAGUGGUAAUAUAGGUGGGGCCAUCAGUGCCUUAAGUGGGAUAGCUAAAAAAGUUAGUCGACUGGGCAGUACUAAUAGAGAACAAGUCAUUAGAAGCAAAUUUUCUCCUGCUGAUGUCAUUUCUUUAAGUGGUUGUAAAGAUGAUCAAACUAGUGCUGAUGCAAGAGAAGCCGGCCAAAGUACCGGGGCAAUGAGUUGGUCUUUCAUUAAAGUCCUUACCGAUUUCCCAAAUCAAUCCUAUUUGUCUUUAUUGAAUAACAUGCGUGACUUAUUAGCUGCAAAAUAUUCUCAAAAACCUCAAUUAAGUGCUUCCCACCCCCAAGAUAUGAAUCUCCAAUUCAUCAUGUAA